AUGGCCCAGUCCCGCCUGGCCGAGUUUUAUCACGAUGAAAAUUUCUACCAUCCCGUUCUCUGUAUCGACUCGGCCCAGGCCCACGUCCAAGCUUUCGAGUUAUAUAGAAAUCUUGCAGUGUGCGGAAUCACCCAGGUUCAACUUGCUCUAGGUCGAUGCUACGAGAAUGGCGACGGUGUCGAUCAAGAUUACAACACAGCCAUCGAGUGGUACUCCAAGGCCGCAGAUCAAGGCAGUGAAGACGGCCGUCUCCAUAUCGCUGUGUGUCUGUUCCAUGGAUUCGGAGUCGCUGAAGACCAGAAGAAGGCGGCGGUCAUCUUUGAGCAACUCGCCAACGACGACCACAGUGACAGUCAGUUAUGGAUUGGAGCGUGCUAUUUGUGUCAAGCGGGAGUAUCGGGGGACCACGACAAGGCAUUCGAGUGGUAUUGCAAGUCAGCCAACCAAGGCAACCCGUACGGGCAGUGGAAGCUUGGUGAGUCCUACUGCUAUGGAAACGGAGUCACCCAGGACUUCACCAAGGCAGUCGAGUGGUAUCGCAAGUCGGCCGAGCAGGGCACUCAAAUGGGACAAGAAGCGCUCGGUCACUGCUAUCAAAAUGGUUAUGGUGUCCACGAGAACAUCGACACCGCCGCCUUCUGGUACCGCAAACUCGCUGACCAGGGUUUCCAUUGGGCCAUCGACAGCCUCAAGGCACUCGGCAAGUGGCCCUGA